CCCAAAGGUCCCUGCCUUCCGCCGGCCGGCAGCGGCAGCGGCCACACCCCACAUGGUAUGGCCGCCCGCUUCCUCCUCCUCUACGCGCUGUUCCUCCUCCUUGCCGCCGCCGCGCCGUCCCAUGGCCUCACCCAAGCCGAUGUUGCGAAGCGAUUGAAGGAGGAGCUGUCAGAGAGAAACCGAGAGAAUGAGAUGCUCAAGUCAUGGAAUGGGGACCCGUGUUCCCUGUCUACCUGGGAAGGGUUCUCUUGCGAACCCAAGGAUGGCGCCCGUGUCGUCGUCAAGCUGAACUUUUCUUCGAAGAAUUUGCAAGGCCAGAUUCCAGCAGCGAUUGGGAACUUAACAGACCUAACUGAUAUUGAUCUGCAGGUCAAUAAUUUCACUGGAUCUAUUCCAGCAUCCUUUUCUGCUCUCAAACACCUGCGCAAUCUGUCAGUGAAGUGCAACCCCUUCCUAAACAGCCAGUUACCUGAUGGUUUAUCAACUGGGGUGGAUUUCAGCCAUGGAGCCUGUGCUGCUGAAGAGUACGAAAGCCCACCUGGAGUUGCCAGUCAGAGAGUAAUUGUUAUCAGUGGUGUUGCCUGUGGAUCUUUGGCAUGCACGUUUGCUCUUGGAUUUCUAUUUGUUUGUUUUAACAAACGUGAACGGCGUUCUCCAGAAAAAGACUGCUCGUCUACAACAAAUCCCAUUUUUCAAGAAUGUGGCAUCCAUAACACUGCAAACCCUGCAGUGCAACAGUUGUCCCUCAAAUCUAUCCAGACUGCAACAAGCAACUUCAAAACAUUGAUAGGAGAGGGUGGGUUUGGAGCAGUUUAUCGAGGCACAUUACCACAUGGACAAGAAGUUGCAGUAAAAGUCCGAUCAAGCUCAUCAACACAGGGAACGCGUGAGUUUAACAAUGAGUUAAGACUUCUUUCUGCUGUAUGGCAUGAGAAUUUGGUCCCACUUAUUGGCUACUGCUGUGAAAAGGAUCAACAGAUAUUGGUAUAUCCAUUCAUGUCCAAUGGCUCACUACAGGAUCGCCUCUAUGGUGAGGCAUCCAAAAGGAAGGUUCUUGAUUGGCCUACCAGACUAUCUGUUUGUAUUGGUGCAGCAAGAGGGCUGGUAUAUCUGCACAAUUUUGCAGGGCAUUGUAUCAUACACAGAGAUAUUAAAUCAAGCAACAUACUUCUGGAUCACAGCAUGUGUGGCAAGGUAGCCGAUUUUGGGUUUUCUAAGUAUGCACCUCAGGAAGGUGACAGCAAUCCAUCAAUGGAAGUGAGAGGAACUGCUGGAUAUUUGGAUCCUGAAUACUAUUCCACUCAGGUGUUAUCCACCAGAAGUGAUGUCUUCAGUUUUGGAGUAGUCCUGUUAGAAAUUGUGACAGGAAGAGAACCUCUUGAUGUCAAAAGGCCCCGUGAUGAAUGGAGCUUAGUUGAGUGGGCAAAACCUUACAUAAGGGAGUACAAGAUCGAAGAGAUGGUGGAUCCUGGCAUAAAAGGGCAGUAUUGUUCAGAGGCCAUGUGGAGAGUGCUUGAGGUCGCAUCGGUAUGCACCGAGCCCUUCUCAACCUUCCGUCCAAGCAUGGAGGAUGUUCUCAGGGAGCUGGAAGAUGCACUGAUUAUCGAGAACAACGCAUCCGAGUACAUGAGGUCCAUCGAAAGCACCGGGACUCUGGGGUCCAAUCGCUAUCUGUCCAUUGACAGGAAGCUUUUUGCAUCAGGUUCAGCGCGAAUCGACCCGAUAAAGGGACAUUUGCAAACGAUGCCCUCACUUCCUAGGUAACUGGACUAUGGACUGUGCUUAUGAUCCAACAACGGGUGCCAUCAGGGAUAUACCCUUGUUCAAGGCACAUCUGAGCUUGGACGCUGAGCCUUGAGCACCUGAGAAGGGCAUUGGGGGGGGGGGGGGGGGGUGUUUGUUACCCAUGUCUGUAGCCUGUACCCAUGUACAGACCCCAUCCAGUGGACAGUGCCACAGUGGUGAGAGCACAGCUCAGCUAUACCUGCACUGGGAAAUGUUUCUGAAGCCAGAGAAUGGCCUAGUUUUGCCUGUAAAAUUUCCAUUGAUUUAAUCACCUUAAAGCUGGUGAACGUAUGUGCGCAACUAUUCUUUGGACAUUGUUUUGAACGACAAACAUUGGAGUGUGACAUAUGUUGACGCAACUCCUCCCAAAAAAGAAGAAUAUAUGUUGAGGUAGCAUCACCUCAUUAUUGAAGUGUUGCUA